AUGAAUAAAUCAGUCAUCAAAAAUGCUGAUAUGUCCAGUCAAAUGCAAAGACAUGCUGUAGCAAUUGGCACUGAUUCGGUACGAAAAUUUGAAUUAGAAAAGGAUAUAGCCGACCAUUUGAAAAAAGAAUUUGACACGAAGUAUGGACCAACAUGGCAUUGCAUAGUUGGCAAAAACUUUGGAAGUUCUGUAACACAUGAACCAGAUAGUUUCAUUUACUUCUUUGUUGAGAAGUAUGCUGUAUUACUUUACAAAUCAGGAUAA